AUGUUAUCAGUUUUGGAAGAGAGUCCGUGGCUGAUGUUCAAUAAUAUUCCAAUUUUCUUGCAAAGGUGGAGGCCUGGGCUUACUCUUACAAAAAAUAAGCACAAUAAGAUUCCUGUAUGGAUUAAAAUAUAUGAUUUACCCUUGGAAGUGUGGAGUGGGGAGAAUUUAUGUAUCAUUGCUAGUAAAUUGGGUGUUCCUUUGGCUUUUGAUUCAUUUACAGAAGAGAUGUGCCUUGAUCAUAAGGGAAGAAAUGCUUAUGCCAGAAUUUUGGUUGAAAUGUCAACGGAGAAGGAAUGGAAAAAGAAAAUUGAGAUUUCUACUUGGGAUUUUGUUACUAAUUUUGCUGUUAUUCAAUCAUUUGAUGUGGAGUAUGCUUGGAUUCCUUCUCGUUGUUCCCAUUGUAAGGUCUAUGGACAUAUGGAUAAAGUGUGUAUGGCAGCUUUGAAUGAUGUAAAAGGUAUUAAUGAGCAGGAUAAAGGGUUGAAUCAGAAAAAUAAUGGGAAAGGGGUGAUGAAUGAUGAGGGAUUCAUUGAGGUUGCUAAUAAAAAGGGGAAAGGAAGAAUUGUUGGGUCUGGAACUAGUGGAGUUAAGGAAGUUGUUGGGAAUGUUUAUCAGCAAAAGAACUAUGGGAAGAAUGGAAAUUAUAAUAAAGGUAUUAAUUUUAAGGGUAAUGGUGGGAAUGGUAAGGGGCAAAAUGGGAACUGGAGUAGCAGGGGAGUUAGUCAGUGGAAUCAAGGAAAAGAGAAAAAAUUUGAAGCUUUUAAUAAUAAAAGUUAUCAGGUUGAGAAUCAAAGGGAAUAA